AUGCCUUUCAAGUUCUCAAAAAUACACCUCUACGUCUUUGAAUCUGCGAAAAUUACAGCUUGGGUCGUAGGCGGUAUUAUUUGUGGUCCCCCAAUGGCAUCCAUUUACGCCGGUAAAUGUCUGAGCCUAAUAGCCCACUCUGUAAUCAAAUCUCGCAUCAGAGAAACGAAGUCCCGGAAAAUGAUCAAAACCUCUCGUCCCAAAAACUUCCGCACUUUCAAAAUGUUUAAGUUUUUACCCAAAGAACUACAAUUGGCCGUCUGGGAGUACGCACUCCAUGAUGUCAAGCCUCGGACCGUCAAACUCAAAUUGUAUUGGUGGGAUUAUAAAUUAGGUCGGGCAGAAGUUCAAGACUUUCUUGGCUCUAUCCUUACUGCACAACAUGAAUACAAAGCAAAUAUUCCGGCUUUGCUUCAUGUCUGUCAUGAUUCACGAGAGAUCGCCCAAAGGGAAUACAAGCUUAGCUUUGGAAAAUUACUAUAA